AUGGCUGCCCUAAUAGUAUAUGUGGAUGACAUAUUUGUUAUUGGUGACUGGAACGAUGAAAUUCAAAGUUUGAAGGGUUUCCUUGACACUCAGUUUGAAGUGAAAGAUCUAGGACCUGCCAAAUACUUCCUUCGAAUUGAGGUUGCCCGAUCAAGAAAGGGUAUGUUUAUCUCCCAAAGGAAAUAUGUCCUAGACUUGCUUAAGGACACUAGAAAGAUUGGGGUUAAGCCAGUUGACUCUCCCAUUGACCCUAACCAUAAGUUAAGUGACAGCCAAGGUGAACCUCUUAAAGAUGUGAAGCAAUUUCAGAGGCUUGUAGGGAGAUUGUUGUACUUCUCUAUGACCCAUCCAGACAUAGCAUAUGUUGUUGGUGUCCUUAGCCAGUUCAUGCAUGCACCUAGGACCACUCAUCUUGAAGCAGCAUAG